GAUCACUACUGCUGCUCCGUUAGUGCCGUGAAGGAAAGCAAUGAAGAUUGAUUCCGGAAGACUGGAGCAAAACAAACUUGUUGGCGAGGAGCGCCGCUGAUGUCGGUGUCAGCCGAGGAGAAUGAGGUAGAUGAAGCAGACACAGAGAUGACACCCUCAGUUGGACCUACAGACUAGUGGGCUUACGCCUGCCCUCGCUGCCACGUUGGGUCUGCUCCACCUCCCCCUGUUACACAUCCAGAAAGACACACUGACCACUACUGCAGACUUUCAUCAUUUGGUCAGAUGCACACCGUGUUACUCAACCAACUUUGACCUGUUUACUCUGUCUGACACAAUAACCAAUGAACUUCUGUUCAUGAAAACAUAACAACCCCUCUUCAACUCGCAGAGCUCAGACCACUGUUAAUUAUGACGGACUACAGCCAAAUAAAUUGUGAAAACACUGACAUGCUGGUUGAUGGGUAGGCUUUCGUGAUAAAAGCAAGGAACUCCUGUGUAACGGCGCAAAGGAAAACAUGGACUCUGUGCCUUUUUGAAGUUUUUUUGUUUGUUUUACAAGCAAUCAUGACCAAAUGGUCUUCAAAGACAGCGUACAGUGUCGGGAAGCAAUGGACCUUGGCAUCGAGUUAGUGAAGACUAUAGGUCUUCAUAUGGCACACCUUUGGAGUGCCUGAUGCUAACUUUAGAAAAACCUGUGUAAAAUACUCAAGGCUUGUCCACAUGGGAAUGUUUUUAGGUGGAAACAGUACUUUGAUCCACACGGCAGUGGCGUUCUGGGUGAAGCAGUAUGUUUUGAAAAUGUUUUUGCUUUUUAAGAGUGGUGAAAGUCUGACAGUGCCACCUUGUUGCCAUGUGCACAAACACUUUCUGAAAACUGUGAUAUCGCCACCCUGUCGUCGCGUGACCAGAAGCGACCGGUUGUGUACUGCUGCCAAAAAGCAAAUAUUUUUGACUCGCAUGACUCAGUCUACAUUCUCCUGAUAUAGUUUUUCUCCUGAUAAAUUCCACUUUGUCAUCAGUCCAGACAAGCUGGACAAGUGGACGACGGACUUUAGGUGCAUGUGUUCAUUCUUCUGUAGUUUUUUUUGUGUCACGUGAGUCUUUUUACAGUGUCACAUUUAGGUGUGCCCAUUUGUUCUCGUGUUGACGUGGACUACUGAUCCAAAACUGUGGACGGGAUUUUUUUUUUUUUUUUUUUUUUUCCCAGCCCGCCAAAAGAAGUGUUCCCCCUCAGGCCCUCAGUUUCUGUAGUAUAAUUGUCAAAUUUCAAAUGGGAACCCAAAAAAAUUUUGAAAGAUAUUGAAACUCCUAUUUGUCAGUGUCUGUAGCACUUCAAAAGAUACUGACACCUGGGGAAAUUCAAAAAAGAGCCCAAAGCUAUGCCUCUACUCCAAAUGGUCAAUGGCCAACUUUAUACUUUCUUUUUAGGCAUUUUGACCAAAAAAAUGCCAUAAUUAGAAAGGUGUUAAUAUAUUAGAUAACGAAUAUUACUACUAUUUGCUAUGUCACCAAUGAUACAAAAGGUACCGUAUACUGUGCAGUAUUUUCCUCUAGGUAGUGUUAGUUCAAGAUUUUUUCAUUGAAUUAAAAAAAAAAAAAAAAAAAAACACCAAGCAGUUAUCAAUUUCAGAUUCACAGUCUUAGAUUUAUUUUACAGUGUGAUUGACUGAAGCAAAAAGAUACAAUUUCAGGUGGCCGUCCAAAAAAGGGACACAUCCCAUCAAUUUAUGGUUCCUCUGGAAAUUUUUGUUUCCAUCAUCAGUUAUAGUCUUGGCCCCCCUUAGAGCAGGAAGAAGGUUCAUAUGGGUUAACAAUCUCACAAGCAGGGAAAACAAGCACCCCAGUUUACGAUUCAAUCCAGUUUGUACUAUUGUAUCCUGUGUGACUGAUAAAAUGGUUAGCAUGCAAGACAUUGAUUCUGUUGAGAUGUGUUCUCCUGAGAGCCUUUGCCCCACAUCAGCUGACCUCCAUUGUUUAUGUGCAGAACAAGUCUAUUUCAUAUACCACAUAAACUACAUACAGUAUAUAAUGUCAUUUUUAUUAUUAGCACACUAAUAUAUGAGCAAUACUGUAUACACCAUGCAACAUGUAUCAAAUCCCCACCCUCCCAUACCACCCCUUUUAUCCUUUAAUUUUUCUGAAUGUGUCCCUUGGUGUAAAAAGUGUAUACGCCCCUGAUCUAACGUGUGUCUUAUUUUUGUUGCUCAAGCAAACAAUGUAGUCCUCAAGUGUAUCCCAAAGUACAGACUGAAUAAAACAUGGCAGCCGGUUUCUGUUGUUGACAUCAGUGUGAUUUUUUAAUGCUUAUGAAUAAUUCAGAGAGGUACGGGACGAAUAGGAGGUGGUGAUAAAAUGAGGGAUGAGGAAAGAUAAGUGCUCUCUGAAGUUUGAAUUUGUGCUUAUAGCAGGUGGGAGCUUGUUUUAUGUUGAAGAUGUGAUUUAAGUGAGAUGCUAAGAGAGUGAUUUCAUUAAAAAGCAUUCAUAAUGACAUAUUGCGGGGUUAAAUGAUCCGUGUUUUCUGCCGUAAACUCUUCUUGGCUGGUUCAGUGGCAUUUGCCCAAAAAAAAGGACGUUGCUGAAAUAUUUAACACCAGUGAAAAGUGUUUGAUCCGCUUCAGUAAACCAACAUUUUACACAUGGAUUUUACUCUCUUGCACAUGCAAAGUGCGCACUACUGCAAGAUAAGUGACAGUGUAAUGUGUUCAUUAGCAUGAGGGUCUUAUCUCCAUUGCGCUUUGCUUGCUGUGGGAUACCGAUGAUCUCCAUCGAUGAAUGUUUGAAUUUUCAUCUCAGUCUUCCACUGAAGGAGCCAUGCAGCAACAUCCCAGCAUCCUUCCUCCUUUCUUUCUAUCCUUCUUCCUCUUCCGUUUCUUCCUUCUGUUGUGCUUCCUGAUAAACCUCCUCAAAGACUGGAUGUGUUUUGCCUGCUUUCGGAUCUUGGACUCAAGGUGGGACUGGAUGGCCGUGGUUUGAGACUCUAGGUCCACUGAGGCACCGUACACCUCCCAUGUCAUUCCCUGCUCAUCUUUUGCCACCUCCCGUGGCUUAGCUCCCACUUCCUGUCCCGCUUGCAUCCUCACUUCUUUGUCACCUCCCAUGAUACUGUUAGCACUUUCUUCUUUGACUUGGCUGGACAGCUCGAUGUCAAUCUUACAGACAUGCUUCCGGAGGGACUGGGCAGCUGGCACACAGCACAGUGACACAGUUGGUGAGGUCAAGCCACAUGAUUGGUUCUCCCAGUUGUCAAUCAGGGAGAAGCAGGGAGCUCCUCUUGGCAGACUAGGACUGGUGGAAACUGACCGCUCAGUCAUCUCCGCUGCCACCUGGACCCCCACCUCCCUACCCUCUGAUGCCUGAGGAUGAAGCAUCUCACUGGGGUUGAGCCUCUCUGGAUGAGCGGAAGAAGGAUGGGGGAGGUAUGACAAUGCGAUGUUGACAUUUUCAUCUCUCAGGUGACACACUUUGUUCUGAGGUGGCCUCCCAGCCUCAUCCAUCCCCUGCUGGACCUCUUGAGAUUUCAUUCCUCCUGCUGCUGUCAACUUCCAUUGUCCUCCCUUUGGAGCUACGCCGCUUGUCAGUGAUGUCCUGUCCACAGAGUCUAAGGUAAGACUUUUAGUCAAGUCGGCCACCGCUUCAGGCUCUGGUGUGCAUCUUUUCUGCGUCGUUAAGGCAACACAGGUUCUGGUCUUGGGGCUGGAAGCAGCAAGAGGAGCUAGAUGGACUAAAACCAAAGCAACAAAUUAAUGUUCAUGUGAUUAGCUGUUUAUAAUAAGGAAAUACCUGAAAGCUCUUACCUAGAAUAGAAUCUGGACAACUGGACCUACAUUCAGGACUUCUGCUCACCAAAAGUGGACAUGGAGAGACUGUUACAGAGGGGGGGCGAGUCAGUUCCUUUUUAAAAGAAUCACACUUUGAUUUGGGGCACGGACUAGGUUUGACACUUGGGUUGUCUACACUGGUUUGGAUGUCAGUUUCACAGUCCAGAUUUUCUCUGGUUCCAUUCUCAAAACUGGGACUUGUCUUGGAACUGUAGCCUGUAAAACUUCCCUUUGAACCACAACUGUUUCCAGAAGCACUUUUUUGGCUGUCUUUGGACGCCGUCAUGGUUUUGGAGUUGAACGUUGGUUUGGACGGUGUGGGACUAUUGCGACCAAUGGGGACUGAGUCCAUCUUCUUCAUUUGUGGCUUUGCACUUACAGAAGCUGUUGUGCUAACUGGUUCUGGUUCUUCAGUGGCUGGUGAAGUUUGACCCGGAAGACAGCCAGAAUCUUCUCUAUGGUGUUGGACCUUUAUCGUGUCUUUCUCGCCAUCUUGCUUCUUGAUGCUUUGCAUUUUGAGUCUCAGUGUGACCUUGCUGUUCGUCUUCAGAGUUGAUCCACUUUGUGUUUUGGGCAUUGAGGCUCCUGAUGCUUCCGUUCUCACUGAUUGUGUUUUGACCCCAGCCCCCACCCCGGGGCUGCAAGCCAAUUGUUGCGCCCUAUGUGAUCCAGAGGCUUUCGUGGUUGUCAAAGAGACUUCGGGCUUCCCAUCUUCCUGACUUUGCUUCACUGUAAGUUUCCCAUCAUCCUUUUUGGAGCAAGGGUUGCCCGGUGAGGUUAGGCUGAAGCUUAGGUUGAAGUUAGGCUCCUCCCUGCACUUGCCGUUUGCAUCCUUGCUGCCAAGGGAAUCCGCAAACCCUGCUUGCCUUGGAAUCUGAUGUUUGGAUUUAACAUCCUUCCGGAGCUUGGGGUUGUAUGAGGUUUCCAUAGUAGUUAAAGCUUGACAGUUAUUUUGUUUUAGGGCAUGGGAAGCAAAACAUGCAGGCUAAGAAUUAGUUUUAGUAUGUUAAAUGUUAAUAUCAACACUGUUUGCCAUAACUUACAUGGACCUUCACAAUACACACUAUCAAUAUGACCAUUAGGAAACAUAGCUAUUGAUUGUAGUGUCCAUUAAAAAUAAGUCUUCUCACCACACAUGGAUGCCUCCACGUUCACGCCAUGCGCUGCCUGUCCGAUGCUUCCUCAUCGACUGAAGGCAACAAGCCUCCACCGCCGCCUCACAGGAGGUGCUUAUGAAUAAAUAAGGAAGCAAGGCACACAUCCACGGAUGUUUCCUCCCGCCAUCUUUUGGGCUCGCCAAUGAAGACACAUAAAUAAGAUUUGCUGAGCAUGUCAGAUGCUGUUGCUGUCGGGUCAUUUUAGUGUGCAUUUUGUUGAGUUGUCUUCUGCUGGGGGCUGCACGGUGGCCGCACAGUCAGGAGAUCCGGGUUCUUAUCUCCGUUGGAACAUCUGUGUGUGGAGUUUGCAUGUUUGGCUAAUUGGAGACUCUAAAUUGCCUGUAGGUGAAUGUGAGUGUGAAUGUUUGUGUACCCCGCCUCUCGCCCAAAAUAAGCUGGGAUAGGCUCCAGCUUACCCAUGAUCCUAAUGAAGACAAACUGUAUAGAAAAUGCAUGAAUGGGUGUCUUCUACUGGUUACUUGGACACUGACUGUCACCGACAUGUGAGCAUUCAAGAUUCAACUUUUCGACUUUGCAAUUAUAUACAUCAGUAAUGUAAAGUCAGUUUAUGAAUUAUGAAGUAUUUUACCUUUCAGGGCCCAUAAUUUACCAAGCAGUGGCAUAUUUUACUGAAACAUGUCUUAUGUUGUUAAGUCGGACUUUAAAUGGACUCUGUCAGCAAAUAAAUCACAUAAAUGAGGUGUCAACGAAGAGACUGUAAGUUCGGACUGUGUCAAUCCCCUGGCCCACUUCUAAAAGGUUGGCCAAUAGGAUGCGGCCGACUCGAUGCUGCCUGACAAGGCCAGCUGACUCUUUAUUGUCCUGUCGGAUGCGUACAUACACAAGGUAUCAGCGGCACUUCUCAUUUGGUCGACGGAUGUGAGAAAGGCCGCUGAGGUGCUGCCGGAACGAGACCUUUGAGGACAGUGCCUUCCCGUCUCAUCAGCACAUACGUGCCUAAUCCAAACUGCUCGGGAGCAAACAUGUGGGAGGAGAACUUUGAUACAGAGCAUGACGUCGGUCAGAAGCUCGACUACUCGCCCGUGUCAUGGCGAGAGUACUUCGACCAGAUGGAGGACGUGAACGUGGGCCAGGCCGACAACCGAGACAUCUUCCGGGUUUACAAAGCGGGACACGACGGCCCCCUGCUGGUUCUUCUGCAUGGCGGAGGACACUCGGCCUUGUCCUGGGCCGUCUUUACUACGGCCAUCACCGCCAGAGUGAACUGCCGGGUGCUCGCCAUGGACCUCAGGGGUCACGGUGACACUCUGGUCCGCCAGUCAGAUGACUUCUCCACUCAAACCAUGUCCAGCGACAUAGCCAAUGUCGUCCGAGCAUGCUUCGGUGAGACUCCUCCCCCCAUCGUCCUGAUAGGCCACGGGGUCGGUGGGGCGAUCGCAGUGCACGCAUCCAGCAAUGCGCUGCUGCCAACAACUGUAGGACUGGUGGCGAUCGAUGUUGUCGAGGGAAGUGCAAUGGAGGCACUUCACAGCAUACAAAACUUCCUGAAAGGAAGACCCAAAUCCUUCAAGUCUAUGGACCAUGCCAUUGAAUGGAGUGUCAAGAGUGGACAAAUUCGGAACCUGGAAUCUGCUAGAGUGUCAAUGGUUGGUCAGAUCAAAAGGUGUGAGAUGGAAGAGACGGACACUCUGGAACAAGCCAGCCCAGUGAGCAACGUGGUGGUCGAACGUAACGAGGAGUUCUACGACCAAAGCUACGAUAAAGAGAACGCUGCCACAGAAGCGAGCCUCGGUGAAGGCCAGAGUGUCUACAAAUGGCGUAUAGACCUGUCAAAGUCGGAGAAGUACUGGGAUGGCUGGUUUCGGGGAACGUCCAACCUCUUUUUGGCCUGCAACCUGCCGAAACUCCUCCUCCUGGCCGGAAUUGACCGGCUGGACCGUGACCUGACCAUCGGCCAGAUGCAAGGUAAAUUCAUGAUGCAGGUGCUGCCACCCUGUGGCCACGCAGUGCAAGAAGACAAACCAGACAAAGUGGCUGACGCCGUGGCUGCCUUCUUGUUGCGGCACAAGUUCGCCGAAGCCAGAAGAGAAACGAUGUAAAAGUGACAACUGCUGCUCAUCCUACUGUUGUGCCCUUCAAGCUCAAAUAAAAAUCCUAUUUAUUAUUUGUAUUGUCUUUGCAGCUAAAACUCUUUCUCAAGAUGAAGCCUACAGGUAAAUAAUCUUUUCUCAUAAAUGAGAAAGUAACAUUGUCUAAGCUGUACUAAUUUACAUUGUAUCUAAGUGUCGUUUCUCGAGUGUUGUCCCAUGAAAAGAUAUCAUAAAAUAUGUGAAUGUUUUUUCACUUUUGUGAAAUACUUUUUGCAUGUUUGUCACACCGUCAUGUUUU